UUACAAAAAUCAAAAAUUAAAAAAUUUCUCAGCACCUCCUUUGAGUCUUCGGUUGGUUUCUUUCCGAUUCUUUCUGGGUUUCUUUUACUUUCUUAGUGUUGAAUUCGAACCGGUGUUGAUCUAAAAGGGUUCAGAAAGAGGGUUUUUUCUUGGAGUGCUAAUUGUUUUGAGGUUUUGAUUAGUUUUACAUUGACUGAAUGAUCUAAUGGAGACCAAAGGUGGUAAAAAGAUCAAGUCCAGUAGUAGUAGAUCCUUGUUCUAUGAAGCUCCUCUUGGUUACAGCAUUGAAGACGUUCGACCGCACGGUGGGAUCAAGAAGUUCAGAUCUGCUGCUUACUCCAACUGUGUCCGAAAACCAUCGAUGGCCUUCCCUGUCUCUGCUAUUGGAUUUGAAGGCUACGAAAAAAGACUUGAGGUGUCAUUUUUUGACCCUGGUUUCUCUGUUGAUCCCCAAGGGAUGGGCCUCCGUGCCUUAUCCAAAGUACAACUGGAUGAAUUCCUAAAACCGGCUGAAUGCACAAUCGUUUCUUCACUGUCAAACGACCACGUUGAUUCUUAUGUUCUUUCUGAAUCGAGCCUCUUUGUUUACCCAUACAAAAUCAUCAUAAAGACUUGUGGCACUACAAAAUUGCUCUUUGCAAUCCCUGCUAUUCUGAAGUUGGCCAACAGCCUUUCCCUUUCAGUACAAUCUGUGAGGUACACUCGGGGGAGCUUCAUAUUUCCAGAGGCUCAACAAUUUCCACACCGUAACUUCUCUGAGGAAGUUGCAAUCCUUGAUCGCUAUUUUCCUAAGCUUCGUCCUAGUAGAAAGGUUUAUGUUAUGGGUGGUUCCGAUAAAACAAAGAAAUGGCAUGUUUAUUCUGCUUCUGCACAAAUGAGUAGUCAUUCAAAACCAGUGUAUACUUUAGAAAUGUGCAUGACCGGCCUAGACAGGAAGAAAGCUUCUAUCUUCUACAAAACUCACGCAUGCUCAGCAGCUUCGAUGACUGAGCAUUCAGGUAUUCAAAAGAUUCUUCCAGAGUCUCAUAUAUGCGAUUUCGAGUUUGAGCCUUGCGGUUACUCCAUGAAUUCGAUUGAAAAGGAUGCCAUUUCAACGAUUCACAUCACUCCGGAAGAUGGUUUCAGUUAUGCUAGUUUCGAGGCAUCUGGUUAUGACUUGGAGGCUCUGAAUUCGAAUCAACUGAUUGAGAGGGUCUUGGCUUGUUUCAAACCAUCCGAUUUCUCCGUAUCCUUACAUGUCAACGUGAACAUAGAUGACAUUGGAUGUAGAAUCCCAUGUUCUGUGAACGGAUACUGUUGCGAGAAAAGGAGCUUUGAACUUCUCGGGAAUGGUGGUUCGGUCAUUUACUACAGCUUUGUCGCUGCUGAUAUGUGUGUGUCUCCAAGGUCUAUUCAGAUAUGGUGUAGGUGGAGCGAGGAUGAGGAUGAGGAUGAUCAAAUUGCUGGGGUGAGGCCUGUACCCUACCUUUUGAGUGCUUUGUAGCUUAGGAUUCAAUACGUUGAACUGAAACUUUAAUAUUUGUGUUUUGUGAAUAACUGUAUAUGUAGAAUGCAUUGUGCGAAUGUUAUUACCACAUCUUUUGUUGUG